AGUGACACACAGUCACUCACUCAGUCCGCCAGAAAACCAUUAGCAGGCAAGUUGUUUGCUUAUUUAUUACUGUUACAACUCGUUAUUUUUGUCUCCGUUAAGCCUUUAGUCGUUGUAUCCUGGAUGUUUAAUGUCAACGAGGAAGAGGGAAUUUUCAGACGUCAGACAGAUACAAAGCCUGACGAUGUAACUCGGUGACAUCACUAACCCCGGCUUUCCUCUGGCUCUGCACUGCUCCGAGUGUGUUCACACGUUAACGGAAAAAAAAAGAUGGACGUCAGACUUCACGUCGCGGCCGUGUUCGGCGGCGUGAUGCGGGAUCUCCAAACAGGAAGUGACAUCGUUGUCGGAUAAGACGAGCAAAUCUUCCAGCGUUUCCGUCCCGUCCGUCUACAUCUCUGUACAUUUCGUGAAUUAUUUUCGCUGCCUUAUUAUUACAAGUCGUGAACAGUGAGAAUCAAAUACCUCCAUACCUCAUAAUCUCAGCACUCAUUUUCUCCAACACUAACAAGCCUUUUUAUAUUUUUAAUCACACGUAUAAUCCAACAAUGAGAAUUUUUUAUUUAUAACACCAGACUUUUAUUUAUUAGUGUUUUCUCUGUCAUCAGUCUUUUUUUUUUCCGUUCUUGUACACCGAGCACUCGAAGCUUGUUAGAUGUAAUUUGUUUUUGAAUAGCUGUCCGUAUUCUUGCUUCAGGCGAUAAGGAAGUGCAAUCAGGGAUCGAUCUACCUGCUGACGUGAAGAUUUUUAAUCUAGGCACCAAAUAAAAAAAAAAAAACACCCAUUGACUAUAACUGCUGUCUGGGAAUGUUAAUCUGUCCAAAUGCUGUCUAUCUGAAACUCUAAUGAGGAACACGUUCAUGUGACUCGCUCAAGAUUUGUAACAACCUAGCCACAGGCACUGACUCCUUUAUUUAUCCGCUGCUCCGAGACUUGGCAGGAUCAUUUUUGAAAUCAUAGCAAUUUUAAAAAAAAAUUUGAGAGCGCACUCUGUCUGUACCGUCCAGACGUCUGACAUUUAAACACCUGCUGAAUCCCUGGAAGAGCUUGAAAACCGAAGUGGAUUCUUAGAGCACGCUUGUAAAACACACUAUUUACAAAACUCCGUUUUUAAGUCUAUGGCCAGAAACAUCAAUAUAUGAAGGCAGGUUCCGAGAAUGAAGUGAAAUACAAACAAACGAAGGAAAAAACACUUCCAUGUUCCCGUAUCACAAGCUGAGCUUCUGAAAGAAAAAGUUGGAAGACUUUUUUUUUUUUUUUUCAGCUUGAAAAAAGUAACGGUUUAUAAACUCCAUAUUUGCUCACAUCAGCCAAUCAGUUUAAGCGCUAAAGAAACUGUGUUUGUUCGAGAUGGAUUGUGCAUCUUGCAUGAAGAAGUGAUAUUCGCCGAGAGAGAGACGGCUGUCAGAAUGCGCUCUCCGAGUCCUCACAGUCCGUCCCCGAACUCUGUCUCCACCCAGGAUGCUUUGCUGCACGGGCAGUUCACUGACUGGAGCUUGGGUGGGAGCUCGGGGGGGAGCAGCAGCAGCGCUGACAGCGGCCCGAACAGCCCCGCAGGCAGCGUUUCGUUACCCUCCAGCCCUUCAUCGUGCACUUACGUCCUCACUUUAACCCACACUCAUAUUCACGUGCAGAGGAUUUGUCCCCGACCAGGGAAGGGAGCACAAGUCGUGCUGCCUCUCUCUGAACUGGCGGGAUGUAACUGCCCCCGGGCGCCUGCCCCACCACUGUUUGUGCUCUAUUGGUACCCGAUGGGACGGCGGCGUAAGGGCGUGGCUAAACGCAGGCAAGUGCGUGCUUACCUGGCCGAUAGCAGAGCGGAGGCAGAGAAAUGGAACACAGCCGUGCAGUGCCUGCUGAGAGGGAUCGACAUCGGCGUCUACACAGAAUUCAACAAAAGCUUGUUGCCCCGCCCACGUCGCUUGCUUCUAUUGGUCAAUCCAUACAGCGGGCGAGGUUUGGCAAUGCAGUGGUGUCAGACACACAUUUUACCGAUGAUCAGUGAAGCCAACAUCAGCUACAACCUCAUACAGACAGAACGGCAGAAUCAUGCCCGUGAGCUGAUCAGAGAGAUUUCACUGCAUGAGUGGGACGGCAUUGUCAUCGUAUCUGGAGACGGACUGCUUCACGAGGUGAUUAAUGGCCUCAUGGACAGGCCAGACUGGGAACAAGCAAUUAAAACUCCAGUGGGAAUUUUACCGUGUGGCUCUGGCAAUGCGCUCGCUGGCUCCAUUAACCACUAUGCAGGAUAUGACAUGUGCCUUCGUGAGCCCCUCCUCAUCAACUGCUGCUUCCUGCUUUGCCGGGGCGGAAUCCGACCCAUGGACCUGGUGUCCGUGACAACAAGCCCGCCACCUCCUUCUGCUUCAUCCGAUCAGAAUGGACGACCCUCAUCACCCAAGAGACUAUUUUCCUUCCUGUCUGUAGCCUGGGGCUUUGUUUCAGACGUGGACAUUGAGAGCGAGCGUUACAGAGGGCUCGGUUCUGCUCGCUUUACGUUGGGCACACUAGUGCGUUUAGCAUCUCUGCGUUCCUAUAAGGGUCGCUUGUCUUAUUUGCCCCCCGGAGGGGCAAAUUCAACCCCAGAUGUACCCUCCCAGAUUCCGCACCGUCCCCUUUCCCGCAGCAUCACCGAAGGAUUAGAAGGAUACUGUAGAAUGCCAAUCCAUCGCACCUGCUCAGAUAUGGGCCUCAGUGAACAGAGGAGCCUCCAAAAGGGGGAUCGAGAGAGGGAGAGGGAGGAAAGAGACAGAGAGAGGGAGAGGAGGAGAAGAGGGAGGGGGAGAGGGAGAGGGGGAGGAGUGGUGAGGGCGAGCAGUCUUGCUGAGGACAGAGAGAGAGAGAUGGAGGCGGAGGAGAGGAUGGGGGGAACAUCUGGGUCCAGCGCAGACUCAAAUGGACGACUGGAAUCUAACGAGGAGGAGGAUGAAGAAGAUGACACUGCAAAAAAUGUCACAGAAGAGGGUUAUGAUGUAGAUGAAGCAAAAGAGGUGGAGGUGAUAAUGGAGGGCGUGUCCGGAUCUAGUACAGAGUCAAGUGAAAGACAGGACUCUGAGAGGAAUGAGAGAAUUUCCACAAACGAAGGAGAGGAGGAGAGAUGGAAUGGCGUGGAUCGAGCAAGGGAUUUGAAAGAAGAAUAUAGUGCAGAUGAAGGGGAGGAGGAAGAGGAGGCAUAUUUUAAACCAGACCAACGAAAGGCACUUCGUAAAAAUUCUGCACCAUCCAGCCAGAUCGCUACAGCCUUCUUUAGCCGGCCAAUCGGAGCAGAUUCCGAACAAGAAGUAGAAGCACCGGCAUAUGAAAGGGAAGAUGAGGAACUCAACGGGACUUUUUUCCACCGUAGUGCAUUUCCAGUGGACCCUGCACGAGAACGAGCACUCACCAUUUCCUCACCAUUCCGUCGUUCACGGUUUUCCCUUUCUAAACUCAAAACCUCAGUGGACCAGAACCAGAACCAGAAACCAAAUGUGUCUAAGCCCCGCCCUCUCUCCCUCCUCCAACAAUCCAAUUCUAACUCCCUACCACCCAAAUUUCCCCCGCUAUUGUUGUCCCUUUCCCAAACCCCUCCUUCCUCACCUUCCAAUAUGGGCUCACAUACCUGCUUGCCAGGCUCCACCUCCUCAUCUUCCUUCUCCUUUGACCUGGUCCAACCCGGUAGGCAUCUUAGGCCUCGUCCCCCUGUUACCUCCCCUGUGGAUCCACCCCCUCAAGAUGAUCUCUUACCACCCCUUGAUCAGCCGCUGCCUACUCGAGAUUGGGUGACUGUUGAAGGUGACUUUGUUCUAGUACUUGCUAUCUACCAGUCGCAUUUGGGUGCUGAUUUGUUAGCAGCACCGCAGGCAAAAUUUGACGAUGGACUUAUUCACCUGACUUUUGUGAGGGCCGGGAUCUCCCGGGCAACGCUUCUCCGCCUCUUUCUGGCAAUGGAAAGAGGCACCCAUCUGUCUCUAACAUCACCUUACGUAAGCCAUGUUUCUGCUCGAGCGUUUCGGCUGCAGCCCCUAUCGGCACGGGGGACGUUAACUGUGGAUGGAGAACUCGUGCCCUAUGGACCCCUGCAGGCACAGGUCCAUCCGUCCAUGGCUCGCGUCAUCGUGGGAGACUCAGGAGUGAAGAUCACUAGAUUCUGACCUGAAAUCUGGACUGAUUGUUAUGCACUCUGUACUGCAUAAUGCUAUGCUAAUAACACUAUGCUGUCCACUUUUGAGAGAGGGAGAGAGAGAAAGAGAGGAAUAAAUAUAGCCAGCAGCUUCAAUAAAAGCAAUAGAUUUUAAUUACAUUUAUUUAAAAGGGAUUACUGGAUCACCAGUGAGUUUAAUAAACAGAUGACAAAUGGACACUAAACUACAUGUGGGAAUAGUAACUACUGCUAAAUAUAGGUGAUUGAAUCUUUUAAAAAGAGAGAUGAGCACCCCAGUGUCUAGUUUUCCGUUGGAGUAGACGAUAAAAAUUUCCUGCCUUAUUACAGACAAAGAAAAAGCCUAACCGUUUAGGCACAUACCAAUCUGCCAUCCUGACUUUUGAACAUGCAAAAUUCUCUGGUUUCCUUACACCCCACACCCUGGUUUCCCCAUCUCUUUUACCCAAUAUCAAUUGUCCAAGUUCCUUCAAUUUUGCACGACCCUUGGGGGCAUGUCCCAAUCUGCCAAACAUCGCCACCUCCGCCUACUUCUGCUUUUCUCUUCUUCCUCAUUGUCUCCUUCAACCAAUUUAUUGCAAAUUCCCAGAUUUCCAGAACUCUCUUCUGCGAUCUUGUUGAAUGGAUGACACUCUUAAGUCUUGCUCACGACUGCUUCUAGCAUCCCCAAUAUAGUGUGAUCCACCAGUCAGCCAAGCUUUGCCUCCUUCCCCUGUUAUCCCUUUUAACCUGUUGUCCCUUUUAAGCCUUGUCCAUUGGUUUUCCUGGCUGCCCAGUUUGGAUCCCAAACUACCAAGUGCCUCCUCCUCCUCCUCCUCCUUUUCUACCUUGUAGAAGCUAUGCCACAGCUACUUUUGUCUGCCUUUACUUGCUGCCAAUUUUUGGACCAGGUCCUAAUUUACAAAACCCCUUUUCAUACAAAAUGCUGCCUUUUACCUUGCAGAACCAUUUGGCCCUCUGAAACUCUACCAUAGCCACACCAUUUUUAGGGAUAGUUAACCAAUGAUUUAAGGUGACCAUCUGACCUAUUUGGGCAGCAGGUUCUUAUGCCACUCAAAAUCCUGCAACAUUUUCAGAUCAGAAGUGUCCUAGGUGGCAAUCUUCCAACUUCUUCAUAUGAUAUUUUAAUAUUGUAGCCAAUUGCAAGAACUAUUUUAGUUAAUCUCCAUCCAAGCCUUUUAGUAAUUAGCUUUAACGAGGACCAUAGAGAAAUGUGCGUAGUUAAUGAUGUUUAGGUAGCCUAUGAUCAAGCAUAAUUCGUGGCAUGUGCCAAUAAUCAGUCAUACGGAAUAUCACAAUAUAUUGUAAAAUGCACCUUGUUAUUAAGGACACUUGGCUCUUGUAUCGUGCACUACAUUAUCUACUGCAUAUAAUUGAAUAGCAUCGUAAAGAGAGCGGCUUUCUGAAGGCCCCAAUUUUGAACAAAAUUAAAAGUGUCCUUAUUAAAGAAGGCAAUCCAAUCAUUUCAGUCACCAGAUGAAUAAAACGUCUGAAAAAUAAUUAUUGCUUUUAGCAAUAUUUUUAAACGCUAUUUCACGAUAAUGACGUAAUCUGCGAUAACCAGCACAUCCCUAGUCAUUAUAGGAUACAGCCAUUCGAUGGCGUAUAUUCUGAUCUAAGUAUAUUUAAUAGUGCAUUUGCCUGAUUGUUUAAGCAAAAAGCAUGCAAUGCUGAUGUUCAUGUGAGGUAAUGCAAGUUGCACAACUGCUAAAAUUUCAUUUCAAUUUCAUAUUUUUCAAACCAAAUUUAAACUCAACCCAAGCAUUCAAACAUUUUACUUAUUAUGAAAUGUUUAACUACUCGGUUAAUUUAUUCAUUGUAUUAAUGUAUUUUGCAUUUAAGAUUUAUGCCUAAUUUUUUUUUUUUUUUUUUUAAAGCAAGAGGGAAAUUCUUAAACAGAUUAAAAGUGUAAAAAAUAUAUAGUAAUAUAUAAUAAUAACACUUUUUUUCCCCCAAAAACAAUUAAACAAAAAUCGGAAAUUUAAAUCUUAGAAUACAUCAAAUUGCUUAUUACUUUUUCAAAUUCUGACAAAAUUGACAUUUAAUUUGGACUAUCAAAUGUAGAAGUCUAAUGAAUUCCUACUACAUCGAUUAAAAGAAUAUGUAAAUGGACACAUUAUUCCUCUUGUCUCAAAUUUUGUCACUCAGACAUUUUUGGUAUCUGAAUUUUAAGUUUGUGUUGGUGGUACGAGGCCGGCGUUGCUAAAUAGUAGCUAUUGGCUACUUGUUUUAAACAAUAUUAACAAGCUACAUGAUUUAAUCUUUCUGGAAACGAUUGUGUGUGACCUUUGGCAAGAUUUAGCUGAAUAAUAUCCAAUUCUUUUUAGCUCCAUUUUCUUUGUAGCUUCAGUGUUGAGCUUAAAGUCACAAAGCUAAUUGCAUUUGGGGCAGGAAAAGUGUAUUUUUCAGGGUUUUUUUUUUUUUUUUUGGUUUGUUUGUUUGUUUGUUUGUUUGUUUGUUUGUUUUUGCCGAUUAAACUCCUGGAAUCAUGGACAUGUUCUUAGCACUGGGCUGUGUUUCAUUUCGUUUGGUGGACCAUUGCUUUAGAGCAGCAUAAGAAACUUCAGUAGUAAUUGAACCGCUGCUUGGUUUCAUGAUGCCAGUUAUGAAGUCUUGUUCAAUAGAUGCUUGUAAUAAACUUGUAAUUAUUACUAAUAGUCAAUGUUAAAUAAAAAAAAUAAAAAUAUAUAUAUGAUGUACAGUU